UAAAGGUCUGCUAACGUACCUGCUAGCUAGCUGAGCCGUGGGCGCUUGUUUUCUAUAUUCGUGCUGUCCUCAGCAGACUGCGGGCGGAGUGACCGUCGUAGACGCUAUGGAAAAAACAGAUGAGUGGUCAAGCAAAUGCCAACAAAGAGUUUAUGGAGCAGCUGCGGAUGCAGGAGCUCUAUGAUCGGAGAAAUGAGGGUGGCUCUGAACCCAACACCUACACGGACCCAGAGGAUGGGACUGUGUAUGACUGGGACCCUGAAAAGAAGGCCUGGUUCCCUAAAAUAACAGAGGACUUCAUUGCUGCCUACCAGGCCAACUAUGGCUUCACUCAGGAUGGAGAUCCAGAUGUCAACAAAGCUGCAGUGAGCAGCUCCAACCCAGCAGCCCCAGAACCACACAGCAAGCCCUCAGAAAAGGAGAAACCAGGAGAUUCCUCCAAGAACCAGGACCCAGACCAGCAUGAGACCGCAGCUAAAGAAGACAAACAGAAAGGGGAGAAGAGAAAACCAGACCCAGGAUGGUUUGAUAUAGAGGAAAAUAAAAACACCAACGUCUACGUAUCAGGCCUGCCUCCGGACAUCAGCAAUGACGAGUUUGCUGAGUUGAUGACCAAGUGCGGCAUUGUGAUGCGGGACCCCGUUACUGAAGAGUACAAGGUCAAACUCUACAAGGAUAAAGAGGGAAAUCUGAAGGGAGAUGGUCUCUGCUGCUAUCUCAAGAAGGAGUCAGUGGAAUUGGCUCUGCGUCUGAUUGACGAGUCAGAGGUCCGAGGUUACAGACUCCACGUGGAAGCAGCACGGUUUGAGCUAAAGGGCCAGUACGACGCCAGCAAGAAGAAGAAGAAGAACAAAGAUUAUAGGAAAAGAAUGCAGCAGCAACAGAAACAGUUGGACUGGAGGCCAGAGAAGCAAGGAGAAUUGAGGAAGAGACAUGAAAAAGUUGUCAUCAUUAGGAACAUGUUCCACCCCAGUGAUUUUGAGGAAGACCCACUGGAGUUGAAUGAGUAUCGUGAGGAUCUGCGGGUGGAGUGUGAGAAGUUUGGGGAGGUCAAGAAGGUCAUCCUCUUUGAUAGACACCCGGACGGCGUGGCGUCAGUCGCAUUUAAAGAGCCUGAACAAGCCGAUGCGUGCAUAGAGUCGUUCAAUGGUCGCUGGUUUGGAGGAAGGCAGCUGACUGCUGUGCUUUGGGAUGGAACAACAGACUAUCAGGUGGAAGAGACAACGCGUGAGCGGGAGGAGCGACUGAAGGGUUGGUCCACUUUCCUGGAGGGAGGUGAGAAGGGCCUGCAGAACAACACUGCCAAGCCAGCAGAGGGCAGCACCACCGAAACAGAACCAACAGAACCCUCCAGCACCACGGAGCCCGAACAGCAUCCCGAAACAGAACCACAGAAAAAGGAAAAGGAAGAGGAAGCAGACUCUACAGAUAGCAGCCUGGAAGGAAGUGAUGACGAGAAAGCCUAGAUACCUAAAUGCACAUCUUUGGUCCCCUUGGCAAACAAUCAGGACAGUCCUGCUAGAUUGUGAACUGUGGUAAACACCCGUUCUGUGCAGGUGAGGAAGAGGAGGAGGAGGAGGUUUGAGCUGUUUUGUAAUGUAGAAAAAUAAAAUUAUGAUUUUGUCUACCCUAUUUUCACUAUUUUGGUUUACACUGUAAUUUGACCUGCACUUGAGAAGCUCAGCACAGCUUUCCCUGAAUUUCAAUGUGCCAGUUUGUUUGCAGUUUUGUGUUGAUAACCCUGAAAUAUUGAUGAAUUACAAAAGACAACUUGCACAAAGGGACACUUACUUCGGGUUGAAUCAUUAAGUACGCAAAUUUAUAUUGUUACAUGGUAUAGAUCAUCAUAUCGCCCAAACCUUGUAGAAAGUACAUAUGUAUGGUAGUAAAAAGUCCAAAUAUCAUAACACCAAACUUCAAAAUAAGUUUAAGUUUCAACGCAGAGCACACAUAUAACAGAAUUAUUUUUCAUUUCCACAGUCGUUGCAUGUGUGCUUAAAACAGCAACUUCUUUUGUGAUUUUCAUAGAUGGUACAGACACCGUGCUGGCUACUUGGGUUCCAAUGUGUCCAGACAUACAUUAUUUAAUGCUAAAGGGACUUCAAAACAAGAACCAACACACUUAAAUGUUCACCAGAUAGAUAGUGCAUCCACUAUAUAAAUUCAAACAAAAAUAGAUAAUUGCGCUUUUCCUUUUUGGUGUCCAGUAUCUGGAUCUCUGAGGUGGUAACAGGGUCAUGUGCUAUAAGACUACAAACUUAUUAUUACAAACACACACAAUCCCUUUGGAUGCUGUCUUGUAAAUAUGAGCAUCGAUGUGUUUAAUAAAGUUGUUUGGAUUUGUAACG